AUGUCAAGCGGUGAUCGCACGGCUGCAUGUAUCGGUAGCCACCGCGAAAACAAAGAAGGAGAAGGAGUAGACUUAAUCAGCUCUCUACCGGAUGAGAUCCUCCAACAUAUCCUCAGCUUAAUCCCGACCAAAUUAGCAGUCUCAACUUCGGUCUUGUCCACACAAUGGAGACAUGUAUGGUGCGAUACACCUUCCAUCUACUUGGGGAGCUCUGCAUUGCGGGCUGCUUCGAGAAUGAAAACGCAAAAUCGCUACACUGCUCCGAAGAUGAUGAGUUUACACCUCAUAAUCGGGAGGACGAAGAAGGAUGUUAAACACGUUAACACGUGGAUCGAAUUGGCCAUGUCCCGCCAUGUGGAGAAUAUGUCUUUGAACCUUCAGUUUAAACGUCGUUACUAUGAGUUUCCUGAUUUCUUCUACAUCAGUUCCUCUGUUAAGAAGCUCAAAGUUACAAAUUCUGUAAUGAGUCCGAAAUGCUCCGUGUCUUGGGCAUCCCUGAAGAAGUUGUCGUUAAGUUUAUGUAAAUUCUCUGAUAAGUGCAUUGCUAUGAUUCUGUCUGGCUGUCCGAUUCUCGAGAUCUUGAAACUGGGUUACUGCGAUGAUGAUCUGCGGGUUCUUGAUCUCAGAAAUUCGCUGCGUCUGAGGACACUCCAAGUAAUACGCCCAUUCUGCAGUGUCGAUCUCUCCUCUUUAGCCGAAGCUAAACUGAACAAUUCCUGUCACGGACUUCAACAAAUCAUUCCUGAUUCUCUUGGAGCCACGGUGGCAAAGAUGGCAGAAUUGUUAGAAAAGUUGAACAACGUAGAGAAGCUUACUCUUGGGAGCAGAUUUCUUGAGAUUUUGUCUCUUCCCGAGCUUCGUAGUAUGCCUUUUCCGAUGUUCAAGAUCAAAGCUUUGACUCUUGGGACACCGUUUUCUGAGGAUCGCUAUGUUAUUCCUGCUGCUAUUGAAAAAGUGUUACAACACUCACCUGAUUUAAAAAAGCUAGCACUACACUCAAUAACUCCCUCUCCCCACACCAACCUGAGUCAUUGGGAAAAAGAGGUAAACCACAUGGCUACAUGCAUAGAAGUUCUGCUAAUUAAGCUAACAAAAGCAGUAGAGAAUACUAAUAUGGUAGUACAGUUGGACAAUCGCUACUUGAAAGUAAGAGGGUUUGAAAAGAUGGUUCAAACACUUUCUCGCAACUACAACAAUGUCUCCAUUGAGUUCUCAACCAUGGAGGAGAUAAUAUAG